AUGGCAGACUCGUCACAUCUACCAGUGGAAGAUAUAUACCACCCUGAGGUAGAUGUUGAAUAUCUCGAGGACUAUGUGUCCGGCGGAUACCACCCAACUCUCAUCGGAGACAUGUUUUGCAGUGGCCGCUACACUGUCGUUCACAAGCUUGGGCUUAGAGGAUAUUCAAUAAUGUGGCUCGCCUGGGAUUACCAACGCCGGUGCUACUUAUCGCUGAAGGUACUGACUGCAAGAGCCUCGCCAGAUAGCCACGAGGCGGAUGUCCUUCAUCCAUUGAUGAAGAGCAACCUUACUCAUGCUGGAAAGCGAUUAAUCCCGCCGCUACUUGACCAAUUCUGGUUUCAUGGUCCAAACGGACACCAUCAGUGCUCGGUCAGAGAGCCUGCUGGCUGUAGUAUUGCUAAGUCUAAGGACGACAGCACAAAUUUCAUGUUUCCACCGGACGCUGCCAGAUCUACUGCCGCCAAGCUCAUCGAAGGUCUCCAUUUACGCAACUUCCUCGUACGUAUACCAGACUUGCACGGCCUAAGCACAGCUGAGCUGUACAAGCGCUUUGACAAACCCUACGAGAUUCCUAUCCGACGAGUGGAUGGAAAGCCUGGUGAACCCGACGCACCACCGCAUGCCAUCUAUCCUAUGGCUUUGAAUAUGGCUGCCAACGAAGUGGGUGACCCAAAAAUCAUCAUCUCGGACUACGGGAGGUCCUUUAUUGUGUCACAGACGCCCUCACCGACUCUAUACACCCCAGCCCUCUACUCUCCACCAGAAGACUUCUUCGAUGAACCCAUCACUCAUCCCACCGCAGCUGAUAUAUGGACUUUAGGUGUCAACUUGUACGAGGUCUUGGGUGAGCGUCCACUCUUCGAAACAUUUGCCUGGGAUCGAGAUGACAUUGUUGCCGAGAUGAUCAACACGCCGGGCCAGCCGCCUGUGAGAUGGUGGAACUCUUGGGCUAAACGCUGCCAUUUCUUCGAGGAAUGGAUCUUCCGCCGUAUCAGCACUCCCGUCUUCCGGCGUCUGCGUCAGCGCCUCUGGGAUGUGGGCCGUGGCGAGACGGAGCAGACGUGUGGUGAACCAUGUGCGUUGGAGGACUUGCUCGGAGUUAUGAUGGCGUUUGAACCUGCGGAACGACCCACAGCGGACCAACUCCUGAGGCCUGAGUAUAUGGUGAAGUGGGCCUUGCCCGCAUGCGAGAGGCAGAAAAGACAAGCCCUCCCCCCAACCUGCAGUUGA